AUGGCGGCGGUGCUGGCGGGCGGCUCCGGGCGGGCAGCGCGGGAGGUGGUGCGGCGCUCGGCGGUCCGCCCGCCUGCCUCGGGCGGCUGGGGCUGCGCGCCCGCAGGGAAGCGGUAUCUGCUAACAGAAGAAGAUAUAAAGUUACAACAAUUUCAGCAGAUGAAGGUGGCGAUUAGAAAUGAGCUUCAUGGCAAUAAAGAUCAAUAUUUUAAAAAUAUUAAAGAAAAACUAAAGAAAGAUGGAAUCAUCCUCAGAAAUGAAUUAAAAAAAUUGCUGCAUUUAUGUCAGAAUUCAUCUGAUGUGGAACUAGCCAGAAAAAUUAUUUACAGGUACCAUGAACAGAAUAGAAUCACAGCCUUACAUAAUUUUAAAUUUGGGCCACUCUUUAUGAGACUGUGUUAUGAGCUAGACCUUGAAAGACCUGCAGUAGAACUUAUCAAAGAUCAGAAUUUGCAUGGUUUUUUCUCAGACAGUACAUCAUUCCAUAUUUUGAUGACUAUGUUGUUUAAAAAGGGCCAUUUUGAAAGUGCUUUGGAAGUUCUGGUCGAAAUGAAAAAACAAGGUAUACCCUUCAACAAAGAAACCUAUCUACUUGCAGUUGCAAUAUGCUAUAAACUGGGCAGCCCAGAGUCUUCCAAAAUCUCUGCGAGACUGCUUGAAGAAGCACAGCUAAAAGGUGACACCUUACCACUGCGAGCAUACUGCUUUGCAAUGGCAGCUGCUCUCAAGCAGAACGAUGUAACACAAGCCAAAUUUUACUGUUCCCAGAUAAUGAGAACAGAGAACAAACUAUACAAUAAUCUUAAAGUCCUUGUCCAGCUCAGAUCUGGUUUGCUAAAAGAAGUAAUAAAUACAUUAGAGGCAGCAGUGGAAGUAGAUACACCUCCCUUUGUGAAAAGAACUGAGUUUUCUGAGCAGGUGCUGGCUACAGUCAGGGAAAAGAUGGAAGAGAGCCCUGACCUUUCUGUCAAAUUAAGAAAUAUUUAUACGAAACUACAAGCUUCAGGACAGAUAACCAUGUGCACACUGGAGGACAUGCUUUUCCAGAUUCCUAGUUCAAAGAAGACCACUGCAAAGGUUUUAAAUCAGAAACAAUUGGGCUGUCAGGGUACUAAUCCACUUUGGUCAAAUCUGUAGUUGGGAUAGCUCAGUAUUUGAUGCCAAACUGAACUGCUGAUAGUAUCUCUUAUAAUCCAGUUUCAAAUAGAAUGUCUUUUCCCUUUUUACACAGUGAGAGUUUUAAGUUGUUUGUAUAAAAUUUCAUUUUAAAUACUGAUCAUGUAGCUUCCAUGUUUCAAUUUUGAUCCUAAAAACAAGCUGCAACAGUGGUUAUUUGUGUGUUGUUCAGAAAUGGGAGUGAUAGAAAGAUUUGACUUUUUCCUUAGGCUUUUGUAUCAGAAUUUUCCUAUGAUAAAUAUUUUGGAAAGUGAAUGGAUGCAAGUGAGCAAAGCAAGCAAAGUGUUACAAGUAUCUGACCUGACUUCUGUGGUUCAUGAGAAGAAAAUUUGGUCUUCAUCAAGUUAAAUGUUCUGACUGAAACGAUAGAGGCAGGCAAGAGUCCAGAGCAUGGAAGUGCUUGAACUGUUAACUCAGAUCUGUCAAUCUCAAGAGAAUCAGGGGGAAGGAUGCAUCUUUUGUUCACUUUAAUAUCUUUUUCUUCUAAAGAAAUAUAUUAGCAUUUUUUUCCUAUCAACUGGGAUCAUGGAAAUGCCAUGGGAAUUAGCGUGGUAACCAAGGGGUUGUUUUCUCACUUGAAGGAGAUUCCUGAUCAAAAGUCACUCUCAGAGUGAGUGACUGCACAAAUUGCUUUCUUCUCAUUUUCUGGUAUUAAGAAUCCUAGGAUAAGCCAAUCUUGAUGCAAAUUUCCAACUAAGUCAUAAAAAGUUUUUUAGAGCAAUUAUGAUGACAUUUUUAGCUAUAAUUACACCAUCUGCAUACUUUACCCUAUUUUUGGAUUGAAAAAAAAGUACAAAGAAGCCUUUCUUUGUCCAGCUUUAAUGAAUCUAGAUCAAAUGUGCUGGACUCUAGCAUUAAAAAGCUGUGUCUGUGAGUGCUGUGUACCCAAGAAUCUGAACUCACUCACCAUCAAGAAUAGAAGGAAUUGGAAACAGAUAUGCCUUGGCUAACAUUCAUGUGCCUUUGGGUGCCUUUGCAUGUGAAGUGAUGAACACAUUGAUAAAAGAACUUGGCAGCCUUGUGAACUGACAGCUAGGUGGAACUCAGCUUGAUACUUGCCAACUUGGGCUGCAUUUUCUCUCCUCUACCUUCUGUUUAUUUAUUUUGUCUCUGCCCUACUCAAGCAAAAGUCACGGCUCAGAGUGUAUUCUCUGUGAAUGAAUAUCUGCAUCUGUAUCACUGAAGGCAUUGAGACACCAAAGAAACAAGAACCCAUCCAUGUUUCAAAACAAUGUGGCUUCAGGCAGUGGGAUGUUGCCUUCUGAAGCUCUAGCUCUGUAACUUAUUUCUUUUGUCACAGUGUGUCUUGUUAAUAUUUAAAAUGUACAAAAACUGUUACAAAGUAGAUGGAAUUUCAUGCAAGUGGAAAAUAAUAUGAAGUGUGUAUCACACUUCUGAAUUUCAUGCAAGUGGAAAAUAAUAUGAAGUGUGUAUCACACUUCUGUGCAUCGUGUGUACCCUUUUUAUGAUCGGUGGCAUAAAGUACUACAUACAUUAAUCUAAAAACACAGCUAUUACUUUUUCUGUAAUAUUGUGUAGUAUGUAAUUCCAUAUGUAGUUUCCUUUCAUUGAAAAUUCCUUCAACAGAUGUAACCCUUGAGAAGUUCUCAAUCUUUUCUCCACAAAUAAAUUUGAUAUGAUCUUUGUAAAGGCUGCUUGCAGUGUAGCAAGGAUUAGUGGUAAAAAAAAUUAAUUACUGUUCAGUUUACUCUGUUUGUAUGGACAGGAAAACUGUCUGGUGUCAUCCAGUACAAUUGGGACAGCUGUUUGGUGUUGAAAGUGUAUAAAUGUCACAUUUUUAAAGGCCAUCAAAGACAGUUUGACCCAUUUAGCUCAUUUAGCUCUGCAUAGCACAUAAAUAAGGUCAGUUCUGUUUAAUUUCCUAACUUGGCACUUUAAAACUUGUAUUAAUUGCAAGAAGUUGUAAUGUCCUAGGACUGUACAUGUGUGCUUGUUAAUUCUAAUCAGAAUUGUUUAGCUUCCUAACUAAGGCUGUAUCCUACCUGCAACUGAAGUAAUCAUAACUUCUAUUAAAAUUGUCAAAAUA